AUGACAGAUCAAUUUACAAUUCGAGUAAAAAAAUAUAUGAGUAAUCCAUUAUUACGUAGGAAACAAUUUGCUUUAGAAAUUUUACAUCCAAAUAAAGGAUCUGUAGCAAAAAAAGAAGUAAAAGAAAGAUUAGCAAAAAUGUAUAAAUUAAAUAAUGUAAACACCAUAGUGUUAUUUGGAUUUAAAACAUUAUUCGGUGGAGGGAGAACUAAAGGAUUUGGAUUAAUUUAUAAAAAUGUUGAUGCUGUUAAAAAAUUUGAAAAAAAAUACAGACUUGUUAGAGAAGGUUUGAUAGAUAAAGAAACCAAAGCUGGAAGAAGAGCAUCCAAGGAAUUGAAAAAUAGAAGAAAAAAGGUUCGUGGUACCGAAAAAACCAAAGUAUCGGGAGCCAAGAAAAAAUAA